AUGAGCCCGAACAGAGAGAGUGUGGGACCUCAAGAUCCCGCAAUACCGAGGACUGUAAUAAACGUCCUGCUUAAGGGAGUCGUCGAGCAACCUCCUGUUCUUCUGGAAGCCCCAAGCCCUCCCCCGGGACGUUACCCCAACCACACGGCGGCCCAUAGAGGAAGGGAACCGCCGUAUCCAAAGUGCAAGGACCUCGAAGCUAAGAAAAGACGCUCCCAUGACAAUGGGACGCAAGAAGACUCUGAAGUAUGGCUAGAAGAAAUCGUCAGGCAUUUUAGAAUUAGAUGUAUGUAUUGGCGCAUAUUCUUAUCUGCCUCUAAUACAUCAUGGCCAUUACUGGAGAAUUCUUCUACGGAUGCCGAAUACUCUGGUGUAGUCCCGUACGGCGCAUUCCGACGGCGGAAGACUCGUCCUCAAAAAGAGAUCAAUAAUGGAGGAAAAUUGGUCCUGACUUGGGUUGAUUCCUUCAUCCGACCAAUCAUCGGUGCCGACAGUGAUGUUGAUUAUUGA